AUGCGGGAGGGCUCCCCGUCCAUGGCGGCCGCUCCCCCUCAGCCGCCGCCGCCCUCGGAACCGCGCGCGCCGCGACCGUUGGGCGGCCCCGCGCAUGCGCGGGGGAGGGGGAGCGGGAGAGCGCGUGGCCGUUGGGGCGCGCGGCGCGGGACGCCGCUGAGGGGGCGCGAGGCGGGAGCGGCGCGCGCCCCCGCCCUCCGUUUCCCGCCCUUUUUUGCCUCGCGCGCCCCCGCCCUCUGCGAAGGGUCCUCGGGCUCCGUGCGAGGCUCCUUCCCUGCAGGGAACAGCCCCAGCGCUAAUUCUUCCCUUCGUUCGCUGCCUCCUGCUGCCUCGCCCUCUACUUUGGGCACUCGAGGCCGGGAGAAUCCCGAGCUGUGCGGGGAUUCGAGUGGACUGCGUGGACGUGAAGGCAUCAGGGCUCUGAGGGCGCCGGUGCUGACUCUUCCGUGUGAGGAUGCUGCUGUGGAUGAUGUCGUGUUAAGGAAGAAAGAGCAGAAAGAUGUUGAGCUCGAUAAGAAAAUCUUGGCCUUGCGGAAAAAGAAUGAAGCACUGAUCCGAAGGUACCAGGAAAUAGAAGAGGACAAAAAGCGAGCAGAGCAGGAGGGAAUGGCUGUUACCUCCAGGAGACCCAAGCAGGAUGGACUCACUAUUACCAUCACCAAAGCUCACAAUGACCUGAAAGAUGCAAUUACCCAGACUGAACACUAUGGACAAGAUAGCCCAGCCCUCCCGAUGGACAAAAGGGUGGUGAGUGAGAAAUGGGCAAGCCCCUGUCCUACGAGCCCUGGGUUCGGCAUUGGCAGUGAGGAGGAGGAGGAGGAGGAAGCAGAUCAUAUGUUCACAUUCAGGAUGGGGAAGAGGAUGCAGCUGGCUGUUACCAUGGACAACAAAGCAAAGGGCAAGCGGAUCGUCAGCGAGAAACGUGCCGAGAGCUUCCCCGGCCCGGGCCGGGUGCCAGAGCUGGGCGAGGAGGACACGGACCACUUGGUGGCUUUCCGGCGGGGCAGGAGGAUGCAGAUUGCCAUCACCAUGGAUAACAAGGAAAAGGCAGAGGAGCGGAGAACAGCAGAGAAGAGGAGAUCAGACAGUGACAGAGGCCCAGAAAGUGAGCACAGCCGGAAGGAUGGUGGGAAGUCAGUGCAGAAGAGCCCUGGAGACGGGAGUUUCCCCAUGACUGGCCGGGAACGCUCCGAGUACAUCCGCUGGAAGAGGGAGAGGGAGCAGAUUGACCUGGAGCGCCUGGCACGGCACAAGAACGCCAAGGGCGAGUGGCGGAGGGCUUGGGAUGUGGAGAAGUCGGAGCACAUGUUUGAAGAGGACUUUGUUAAGGAUGGGGAGCCAGCCUUGGAUAAUCCCAGCAAUAAGAAAGGGGGAAGAAAUGCAAGGAAAUUUCAGCACAGGUCCUUUCCUGCCGAUGGCAGAGGUGGAGGACACCACGGGGUGAAUGUGAGCGACCCUGGCCCGAAGGCAGUGCCCGCGGUGAGCAGCCGCGCCAAGGGGAAGGACAGACUGACGGGCAGAGCCAGGAGGUGGGAUGCAAAAGAAGGCGAGGACAUGUCUUUUCUGAAGGAUGACCUUGAUGGCCAGAGGAGCCUUGGUGUGGACAAGCGGAAGAGCAGAGGAGAGGAGGGGGUGGAAGAGAACUGCACAGCUGAGCAGGAGGAGAAGGGGAAGCAGCCAAGCCUCCAGGAUCACGGGGCCUCCUCGUCCCAGCGGCUCCGAAGGGAAGGGGGGAAGGUCCAUCCUGCCCACAACGGGCAGAAGGAGGAGCGGAGAGGGGUGAAGGGCUGCAGCACGGAGGUGUCUGUGACCAGCACAGGGGACUCAGAGCCAGGGCCCAAGCCAAGCAAGGAAAGUGUUGGGGAAGAUGCCAAUGGGAAGCCUGGCACUGCUGACACCUCCCAGGAGAAGGAGAGCACUGGCAGCACUGCUCCUGCGAGCAGCCUCCCAAGCACUGUGCCAGCCACCAGCGAGGAGACUUUGUCCCUGCCCAUGGGAGCAAAUGUAGAUGGAGCUGGAUCAGAGAAAAACCCAGUUUCACAACAGGAGUCCUCCCAGGACUCCUCAAACUGCCACGGAGAACAGCUGGACACAGCAGCAGGAGACAGACUGGAUGCAGAUCAAGGACAGCUGAUGAGCAGAGGAGGGGAGGAAAUGACCCAAAGCACUGCCCUGGAGGGGCAGGCACUUGCACUGAAAGGAGAAGAUGCUGAAGGCACUGAACACCAGGAGCCUUUGCCCCCAGGGAAAGCCAGCUCUGACAAGACUGUUGUGCCUGAGCAGGACACAGCAAAGUCCCAGUCCGGAGAAGGGGACCAGCCUGAGGACUGCAAGGACAAGGACACUGGGGAUGCCCUCAACUAGCACAGGUUACACCGGCUUGCCUGAGACAGAAGGGCAGUGCAUAAACACACAGGGUGAGAUGGGUCACGAACCAAACAGAGGAGGGAGAACAGAGCUGGUUAUGGAGAAGUGCUCCAGGUUUUACACAAAGAAGUUUCUUCCAUAAGGGCAAACGGAAAGCAAGAAAAGCCAGGAGAAGGAACAAAGGAUGGCAGGAACAAAGGUAAGGUAGGAAUUAGGAGCAAAGGGCAAGGGGAGAGUGUAGGGGCUCUUUCUGCAAGGUGUGUUUUUUCUGGGCAGUGCCCCCCAGAUCAGGAUGUCACACAAAGCAGAGAUGAGCAUUUCCAGAACAUGGGCCAGGUUCCCUCACCCCUGAGUUGCUGUCAGGAUACCCCUGGCUCUUUCCUUUACAGAGGCAGCAGCUCUGUUCCAUGAGUAGGCACUUGAGGCAAUUGGCUGCUCAGAGCCAGGCAGGCAGACCCCCCCUCAAGUACCUUUCCCAGAUUCCAUGAGCUUUCCUGCAGACCUCAACCCAGCAGUGUGUCCCCCGGUGCUGCUCAGCAUUCAUCCCAGAGUACAAAUGAGCUUAGGGAUGAAGUGGGUAAGCUGCUAACAAAGACUUUCCCUAUAAUCCCAUCCACACAAAAGGCAGGGAGAAGCACAAGAGUCACAGCAAUUUCAAAAAGACAAAGCACCAAGAACCAGCAGGAGCUGGUUCUGUGCUCAAAUGAAAAUUCCUUCCAGUGAGGGAAAUUAAUUCCAACAGCAUUUAGGAAAAUGUUUUGAAACACCUGGAUGCACAUACUGGGAGAUUACUGUCCAGCCAUGCCUCUCCAACCUACCAAGACUCCCCCAAAAUUAGAGGAUAAAGGGAUGAAUGGCAACCUUGCUCACUCAGGAUAACUUUAAUUAGACACCAGCUAAGAGGAAACACUAAAUUACAGCAGUCCAUUUUCAUCUCAGCGAUGGGAGAUUCCUGUGGUUUGGUAAUAGGACCCUGAGUCCACUUCAGCGUGGCUCUCCACUCCAUCAGUCCUCCCUGGACUAAUUACAGCAAGCUUAAUUACAAACACAGCCAUGUGGCCUGGAGAAGAGGAGGUGUUUGCACUUCAGCACUCAGGUACCUGCUGGGCUGAGCUGGGGCUGGGCACUGGUAUCGAUAUCCAGGGCUUGGGAAACUUCAGGGCUUGGGAAACACCGAGUGUUGGGAUGCCAGAGGGAACUGAGGGGUUAACUGGUGUUCAUUCCAUCCUGCCUUCCUGUCUCUCUCCUUCCUGCUGCCAGGCUCAUUUCCCCUUGCCUGACCAUGCCCCCACUCCUUUUAGUGCUUAGAGCAAUCAGUAAUUCCCAGCAAAGCCCAUCUAGUUCCAACCCCCUGCCAUGGACAGGGACACCUUCCCCCGAGGAGCAGCAGGGUCUGUGUCCCCCAUCUCAGCAGUGGCUUAGCAGGACUGGUUCAUAAUUCCCUGCCAGGAGGCAGCAGGUGACUUCCCAGUGGGAUUUGCUUUUAUUUCUCUGAAAAAUACGGAUGUGACAAAUGCCAUGUAUGUCCCAGGAACGUGUCUGUUCAACAUCUCAGAUCUCACAAAACCCAAACCGGAGUCCUCGUUAAAACUUUUCAGACAGAAAAUGUUGUGUUUUUAAAUACUGGUGAUCCAGUUUUGGUACAGUGCAGUUUUUGGAAAAUCAGUGUUGAAAGAAAUGGUGUGAUAUUGCAAAAUACACCCUAUCAUCCCUGAGGGAUAUAAAAAUAUCCUGCCAUUGCAAAGUUUAUCUUGAGGAAUUUCCAUCCAGUAGAAAAUGCUGGACUGGGUCACUUCACCUGCUGCCCAGGGCCAUGCCCUCUCUUCAUGACCUCACAUGUCCCAAAGCAGGGCAGGAUCUGUAACAGCUGGAAACGUGUCUCAGUGAUGAGGAUGGGCUGUCCCUGCCCUGCUCCGGGGCUCCGCGGGGCAGUGUCCCACUCCCACGGAAUGCAGAUCUCACAUCCCUUCCUGCACAGCAGCAGCUCCGUGCAGCCACCACAUGGGGUUCACAGCUCCCCCUCCCAGUGCCUAUUUUUGGCACUAACAAUCUCCAGCACCUCCAAAGCAGUGGGAGAUGCUGUGCAGGGAGCGUGGUGGGGCUUUCAUCCGUCGCUUCAAAUAACAAGGAAUAAAUAUUUACCCGAAGUGCAGGACUGGAAUCCCUGGAGAAUGUCCAGCAAGUCCCAGAGAAGUAAACGAUACACAAAAACCACAGAAGCUUUUCCCUGAAUUCUCUUGAGAAAAUUAAUCUUAACAUCUUUAGAGCAAAUGCAGCUGGGGGUGGAUUUGCAGAGCAGCUCCAGGGAUGUGACCUUGGCGCUCUGGCUGACGUAAACAGGAGUGGGACCGGCAGGGCCUGUGUGCUGGGGACGGAGGGGUCGGCACAGGUCGGCUCUGAUGCAAAGCAGCGCCCAGGGUUGGUGCAGGAAGCAGCACAAGCACAGACCAGCACUUCCCAGCACAGCCGGGGAGCUGCGGAAGCACAACCGGCUUCCUCGAGGUUCAGGAGACAGGAAGUCCCAUCUGCUGGCACGUCCUGGGAGCUGGCCUGGGAUUGGCAGGGUCAAGGGCUUGCCUGGAAUAGCACCGGCCUCCCUGGUCCUUCCUGCAGCCCACAGCACCCUCUGGAGCCCACUGUCAUGCCAUGGGCAUUUCACAUUCCCAGAGCACCUCUGAGUGCCACCACAGCAGAGAGGUUAGUCCUCCUGGAGAGCCGGGGAGUGGGAUUGUCUCUGUACCUCUGGAGUGAUGGAAACCUCUCCCGUGGUGCGAUAUGGGAAAAUACUGUUAACCCUGGAAAACACAGGGAUUCUGUGAGAAUGGUGCAGGAGACUCGGGACACACAGGGAAGGACUCCAGAGCUGGUGAGGGAAUGUUGUUUAGUCUAGGAGAAGGAAGGCAGAAAGCAGUGGAGUCGUGAUCUCUGUAAAUACAGGGGUAGCAAAGGGGGAGAAACAUCCAAGCCAGAACACAAUGCUGGGGCAGAGACCAAUGUACUGGAGAAACACAGGAAUAAAUAUGGGAAAAUCAGGAAAAGGUGGCCACCUGUCAGGGACAGGUGACUUGGAAGCACACCAUGGCUGGAGCAGGGUGUGCCCUUAGGGCCACUUACUGAAGCUUAACAACCUAAACACAACUCAGGGCUCUGCCAGAUGAGCUGCUGCCAUUCCAGCACUGGGAACAGAGCUGCUCUUGGAUCCUGCAGUUGUUUCUGCUAUCCCAGAGCUCCAGGAGGGAGCAGGUGCCCACACCUCAGCCACCUGUGUUCACCCUCCUAAUGUAAACCCAAAUGAAGAGGAGUUCAAGAUAAUGUCCAGCUCCCACAGGCAUCUCCUGCACAGACUGCCUUUACAGGUUUAAGCUCACCAAGGAUUGCAGUGAUAAUUUUGCUACCAGCAAAUCUAGACAAAGAAACCAGUUCUCAUUAAAAUAGGAAUUAAUUCAGGGAUGUCCAAUGGCCUGUGCUAGAGGAUGUCUCAUGACCUUGAGGGCAGGUUUAGAUGGGAUAUUGGGAAGAAAUCCUUCCCUGUGAGGGGGGUGAGGCCCUGGCACAGGUUGCCCAGAGCAGCUGUGGCUGCCCCAUCCCUGGAAAUGUUCAAGGCCGGGUUGGCCGGGGCUUGGAGCACUUCUGGUCUAUUGGAAGCUGUCCCUGCCCAUGUGGAGCUGGACACCCUCAGCAGCAGGACAGGCCAGCCCUGGUUGCUGCACACAGACAGGACCAGGAAUAAUGUCUCCAGCAGCAAUCUCCUCUGAGCUGUACAUGGCAUUGGCUGUGUCAGUACCUUGGGUCUGGCUGCAGAGCAGUUCCUUAUUAAAUAUCCGUGGCUGUGUCCUUAGAUGAUUCCUUGAGAGGUUUCUUUUUUAUGCAAGCCAAGCUUCCUACGGCCUCUCCUGCCUUCGCGGGGUUUCAUCUGUUUUUCUUUUUAUAUCCCCUCCCUGACCUUUCUCGGGAGCUUUGGGUGCUGAAAUCUGCAUCAGCAAAAGGCAGAGCUGUGGAUUUAAACAUGGAGGCAGGAAAAUGCCAGCUCAGCAAUUCUGAGCAGCACCCAAGCAUCUGGCAACCAGAGAAGAAUAAAAAGUCUGCCUUUCCCAAUUAAAAUCAGCGUGUCUGGGGCUGGAGGCAGCUCCAGGACAGCAGGCUCCAGACACGGGAUAGUUUUUCACUAGGGAAAGCUGAUUCACCCUCUGCCCUUGGGACACACAAGGGCUGCACCCCCAGGCCAGGUUCACACGGAAACCAGCCCCUCCUUUUGCUCCAGCAUACACAGAAGCAUGUCAGGAUUGUUGUUCCCGAGAUGUAAGGAAAGAAUAAAGGAGUCCUACCUGUCCCAGAGGAGGACUGGGAGUGUUCCAUCCAGACUGGUGCAGUCAGCUCAUCCCCUGGGCUGCAGAGCCCCCGCUGCUCCCGUCGGAUUUGGCAGCAGGUAUCUGGGUUAUGCCCCAGCGGUGCCUCCCAGGCAGCCCCAGCCGUGCAGGAAGGGCAGGUUGGAACUCAGCAGACAUUUUAAUUUACACCUCAGCAGUUCCCUGGAGACUGAUAAUCCCACUGCUGUCUCUGCUCUCC